AUGAGAGGUUCGCGACGCCUGCACCGCGCGGUCCUGCGGCGUCCCGGAGCGCUCGCGGGACACGAAAGCGCUGUCCUGCAGGUGCAUCGGCGUCUGUUCUCUUUUUUCAGUCCCGUGGACGCGCUGUACGAGGGCCAAGACCACGCUCGUCAAGUGGAGAAGAAGUUUAGUGAGCUGUCUGGAAAGACCCCGUGGGAGCCCGAUAUCAAGUACCUGAACGGCCUCAAGAGCCGCUGGCAGGGACAGGAGCCGACGCUGAACGAAUUGGUGCGAGACGACGUACCGGCGGCUCGGAAUCUGUUUCGAAAGGUGUUGCAGCGCCAAUACCCAAAAGACAUGGGCAUGUGGAACAAGUGGGGCGUUAUGGAGUGGAAGGCAGGGAAUCACGGGCUGGCACGGAUGAUCUUUUCCAAAGCGUCUCGGAUCUCCUUUGACGUCGAGCUCUGGACGUCGUGGGGAUCGAUGGAGCUGGAGGCAAAGAACUUGCAAGAAGCCAAGCGCAUAUUUAAAGUGAUUCUGGCGACAGACCCGCAGAACCCAAUGGCGGGACUAGGAAUGGCUCUUUGGGAAGUGCAGGCGGGACUGCCAGAUGAAGCUCGUGAGCGAUUCCAGGAACUGAUGGAAGAACAUCCGAAGGACGUGUUGAUUAUGCAAGCUUAUGCCGUCUUUGAAGCCAAGUGCCAACACGUUGGGUUAGCUCGAAGCAUUUUUCAGAACGCUGUUUCGCACCCGCGCGCUACUGGUCAAGUCUGGCAUGCAUGGGCCAAAGCAGAGUAUGACGCUGGACUGUACAAGAAUGCGCUGGCCGUGAUAUCGACGGCGUUUGGGCGCUUUCCGACACACAAGUGGCUGAUCCUGCUGGGUGCCAUGGCCCACUUCAAGCUCGGCGACGUGUAUCAGGCACGCCGUGCAUACCGCCGACUUAUUGACGGUGGGCUGUUUGUAGAGCCGUCGGCGUACAACUCAUAUGCGAAGAUGGAGGAAGAGUUGGGCAACGAAGAUGCAGCAAUUGGCUUGUACAUUGAAGCUUUGGAACAACACCCUGAUCAUGUGCCUAGCCUUAUGUCGCUCGCCGUUCUGUACAAACGUCGCGGGCGCAUGCGCAACGCGCGCAAGGUGUUUGAAAGUGCACUUGUCAAUCUUCAGCACACUGGUCCUGUGUUGCACGCCUUUGGCGAUUUCGAGGAGCAACACGGAGAGCUGGACAAUGCACGAGAAUUGUAUGACGAGGCUACAAACGUGCAGCCGACGGUCAUUGAAUCGUGGCGUGCUUUGGCACGUGUCGAAGCCAGAUUGAAGAAUUACGAGGCAGCACGUUCAGUGCUUACCAUGGCAUCACAGCACGUACCCAACGACGCACCUUUACUCAUUGAGUUGGCCAAGAUUGAGCAGCGAAACCGCCGCUUUCCGGCAGCCCGCGAGGCAUUAGAGAAGGCACUAAAGAUUGACCCUUCUGAUGCAUCUGUAUGGAACUUGCGCGCGUUGUUGGAGCUGCCCAUAGACCCGGAACGUGCUAAAACGAUUGUGGAAAACGCGUUGUCGGUAGUUCCGGAGUAUGAGAAAACCAGUUGGAGCAUUUUGAUGUGUACGUACGGCCGUAUUUUUGCAGCUUUGGAAGACUAUCAGCAGGCUAUCGCAGCUUUCCAGCGCUCGUUCAAGUUGCGGCCGAAGAAUUGGGAGACGCAUUUGAUAUAUGCGGAUAGUGUGCUCACGCCAAACGAGGCGUGGACCGAAUCUGUGAAGCACCUCACGGCUUCGCGCAAGCUGCUUCCAAAAACUGAUCGACGCCGCGCAAAUGUCGAGCGCAAACUCCGUGCUGCUGAAGCAAUGGCGAAGGCGGAUCAGUACAAGCAUACCGCAGAUGGCAAGGACAAGGCCUGCCGUGAAAAAGGGGGCUCAUAA